AUGCCAAGACGACAAGUUUCCUUCAGCAUUCCUGUCGAAGAAUGUCAUAUCACCACGAUGCUAUCGACAGUCGUGUUGGCACUGGCCAUCUCCAGCACUAGGGCUGCGCUGAACGUGGACCUCGAUUCCGCGGACUCGAUACGCUUCGCCGCCGGUCUCGUCGCAAGCAAGCUGAUGGACUACUACCAUGGCGAAGAACCGGGCCAAACCCCCGGAAUCCUCCCCGGGCCCCCUCCCGCAGGACCGUACUACUGGUGGGAAGGCGGCGCCCUCUGGGGAACCAUGGUAGACUACUGGCACUACACCCACUCCCAAUUCUACAACGACCUCACCCUCCGCGCCCUCGUCUACCAAGCCAACCCCCCGCACAACGACUACAUGCCCCCCAACUGGACCGCCUCCCUCGGCAACGACGACCAAGGCUUCUGGGGCAUGUCGGCCAUGCUAGCCGCCGAAACCACAUUCAAAAACCCACCCCCCGGUCAACCCCAGUGGUUAGCCCUCGCACAAGCAGUCUUCAACACGCAAGCCGAGCGAUGGGACACGAGGUAUUGCAACGGGGGCUUGCGGUGGCAGAUUCCCCUCUCCAACAACGGGUACAACUACAAGAACUCGAUUGCGAACGCGAUUUUUUUCAACCUGGGGGCGAGGUUGGCGAGGUACACGAACAACAGGACGUAUGCCGAGUGGGCGGGCAAGACGUGGGAUUGGAUGGAGGGGGUGGGGUACAUUGACAAGGAGAAUUGGAAUGUGUAUGAUGGGGGCCAUGUGGAGCGGAAUUGCACGGAUAUCAACAGGGCGCAGUUUUCAUACACGGCUGCUAUUUUUGUGCAGGGGUGUGGGUUUCUUUAUAACUAUACAAACGGCGAGCAAAAGUGGCGCGAUAGGCUCGAGGGACUAACAAACCGAACAUUGAACAACUUUUUCCUUAGUCAACCAAAGGCCGGGACGAGACCGGCGGCUAUGGAACCGAGUUGUGAGUUGGAGGAGAGGAACCAGUGUACGACGGAUAUGUUGUCUUUCAAGGGGUAUCUCCACCGGUGGAUGGCGCAGAUGACGCAGAUGGCGCCGUUUGUGAGGGGGGUUGUCAUGCCGGUGUUGAGGGAGUCGGUGAGGAGCAUGGCGGAGAGUUGUUUGCCGGAUGGGACGUGUGGGUUUAGGUGGAAUAGGGGCCAGUAUGAUGGGAACACGGGAGCCGGGCAGCAGAUGAAUGCGCUGGGGGCCUUGGUCAGUUUGCUGGUUGAACAACCGGAGGUUAAGGAGGCUGUGACGACCAAGAAUGGGGGGACGAGUGCUGGGGAUCCGAAUGCGGGACGGGAGGGGGAAGUGGGGGAGUGGGAGGGUGAGAGCGAGGUUAUUACCGAUGUGGAUAGGGUUGGGGCGGCGGUGGUGACGAUUUUGAUGGUUGGAACUGUGAUGGGGAUGAUGAUUUGGGUUAGUGCGACUACGGGGGAGGAGGAGGAGUAUGCUAGGGUUAUGAGGGGGGAGAAGAAGAAGGGUAAGGGCAGGGUGAUUGAGAGGACAUGA